UCCAUUUGUGCUUGCUCUUUCCCUGGACCCUGAAGCCGCUCAGCCCCCCGGCGGCGAAAUUACUGAGCUCUGUUUCUUGUCGCAAUUCUCUGUUGCUAGCGGCUUCUUUCUUUUCUGAUUUCUCCGAGGAAGUGACGCACAAGCUUAACAAGAAGUGAGAACGAAAAGCUCUCUGGUUUCCUGGAAAUGGAAGACGAAAGCCCAAACCCUCUUCGCCGAAUGUCAAGCCGAACUCGGAAGGUUGCACCGAAAAUGGUUGCUGCUCUUGCUAGUAGUGACAAUCGCACGCAGGCUGCGCUUGCUCGCCUCGAAGCUUUGGAGAAUGAUAAUGCAGGAUUUGAGACUGUAGAAGCUAUUGACGACGAUGAAGCUUCUCUAGACGAUGAAGAUCAAGUGUAUAUACAAAAAAAGCAGUCAAAGGGCACAAAAAGGACAACCCGGCAGGCAAAGGCACUUGAAGCAAGGAAGGCCCCAAGAACUUUCCUUGAGCUCUUACACGAGGCAAACCUAGAGUCAUUACCUCCACAUGUUCCAUCUUAUUGGAAAGCAGCAGUCGGACCUCCAAGCUCAACCUGCCGUCGCCAUUUUUGUACAGUUUGUGGGUUUUCUGCCAAUUAUACUUGUGUUAGAUGUGGUAUGCGCUUCUGUUCAUAUCGUUGUCAAAAUGUACACAAUGAUACUCGUUGCUUGAAAUUUGUAGCUUGA